AUGUUUGUAGAAAAAGGAGAAUCAAUCUCGUUGAUAUUGAGACAUUAUGCUAAUAUUAAAAAAAUUUUAUUGCAUGAGUUAACACAUAAUGUUUGGGAUGGACACGAUGAAAAUUUACAUCAACUCAAUAGACAACUUAAUAAAGAUGCCGUCUCAUUAGAUUGGACUUUAUCAGAUGGCAAAAAACUUUCCAAUGAGGAGUUUUAUAAUCCAUCAGAACAAGAAGAGAUUGAUACUAGAUCAUGGCAAGGUGGUGCUUAUGUGUUAGGCGGUGAUACUGAACGUGCUAAAAUGCUUUCUAAACAUGAACUUUAG